UGCGGUCACAUGCAAUAAAGUUUAAAUCUUGGAGAGCCCCCUUGAAUCAUCAUACUAUCAUUCUGUCCCAUAGAAAUGGACAGCUUGAAGACACCUUUCAAGGGCGUAGUUAAUGAUUUCCGAGGAAGAAAAAAAUGUUACAAAGAAGACUGGAUUGCUGGUCUCUGUUCAGGAAUCGGGAUAUUGGCUCCAACUACCUAUAUCUUCUUCGCUUGUGCUCUUCCUGUUAUAGCCUUUGGAGAACAGCUCGAUAUAGCCACAGAUGGAAGCCUGAGUCCAGUAGAAACACUGGCUUCAACUGCUAUAUGUGGAAUCAUACACUCAGUUAUUGGAGGCCAACCCCUAAUAAUAUUAGGAGUCGCAGAGCCCACUAUCGUCAUGUACAUUUACAUGUACAAGUUUGCUAAAGAAAGAGAUGGUUUGGGACGACAACUUUUCUUAGCUUGGGCUGCAUGGACUUGCGUUUGGACGGCUCUGAUGUUGUUUCUUCUCGCAAUAUUCAAUGUUGGUGGCAUUGUACAUAGAUUCACCAGGAUUGCUAGCGAGCUUUUUAGCAUGUUGAUCACAGUCAUCUUCCUUAAAGAGGCUAUCAAGGGAAUGGUGAGUGAGUUUAAGGCUCCUAAACACGGGACCGAGCACCCAGCAUUAGAGAAAAACAAAUUUCAGUGGCUUUAUGCAAAUGGACUAUUGGGAAUUAUAUUCUCUUUUGGCCUUCUCUUUUCCACUCUCAAGAUCAGGAAAGCCAGAUCAUGGUUAUACGGCACAGGGAAAUUGAGAAGUUUCUUUGCAGACUACGGGGUUCCGCUAAUGGUGGUACUGUGGACAGCCUUGUCUUUCACAGUACCAAGUAACAAACUUCCCUCUGGAGUUCCUAGAAGGCUCAUUGCUCCUCUUGCUUGGGAAUCUACUUCUUUACAUCAUUGGAAAGUCGUCCAAGAUAUGGUGAAGGUCCCACCUGCAUAUAUUUUUGCUGCUAUUAUUCCUGCACUGAUGAUUGCGGGUCUUUACUUCUUCGAUCAUAGUGUUGCUUCUCAGUUAGCAGAACAGAAGGAAUUCAACCUGAAGAAACCUUCUGCUCAUCACUAUGACUUUUUGUUGCUAGGAUUCCUGACUUUGCUUUGUGGGUUGAUUGGUUUGCCACCUUCCAGUGCACUUCUUCCUCAGUCCCCCAUGCACACUAAAAGCCUUGCUGUUCUCAAGAAACAGUUGAUUCGGAGGAAGAUGGUGGAGAGUGCCAAAGAAAGCAUAAGGGGCAAAGCAAGCAACUCUGAGAUCUAUGGAAAUAUGCAAGCAGUGUUCAUAGAAAUAGAUAAAAGCCCAAUUACUUCAGUGGUUAAAGAACUAGAGGACUUAAAGGAAGCAAUCCUAAAAGGGGAAGAGAAAUCGGAUAGUAAAUUUAACCCUGAGACACAUAUUGAUGAACAUCUGCCCAUAAGAGUGAAAGAGCAAAGAGUGAGCAAUCUGUUACAGGCAAUACUUGUUGGAGCAUCUGUAUUUGCUUUACCUCUUUUAAAGAAGAUACCCACUUCAGUUAUGUGGGGUUACUUCGCUUACAUGGCCAUUGAUAGUCUUCAAGGAAAUCAAUUCUGGGAAAGAAUACUUUAUAUCCUCAUAUCCCCCAACAGACGAUACAAGGUGUUGGAGGGGGACCAUGCUUCAUUUGUAGAGACAGUACCAUUCAGAGCCAUACUGUUCUUCACACUGUUCCAAUCUGUUUAUCUGUUGAUAUGUUUCGGAGUGACUUGGAUUCCCAUGGCAGGAAUGUUGUUUCCUCUGCCCUUGUACUUUCUCAUCAUAAUAAGGCAAUAUCUGUUACCAAAGCUCUUCAAUCCUCAGCAUUUGAAGGAACUUGAUGCUGCUGAGUAUGAAGAAAUUGCAGGCACUACUUCAAGGCUUUCCUUCCGUCACUCUUCUCGUCUCAAUCUCCACCAGGAUAUGAAAUCACCAAGCAUGGAAAGAAGGGAAAUGGAUGAAGAAGAAGAAGAUGAUGACGACGAUGAUGAGAUAUUAAACGAGGCCCUAACAGGGAGAGGAGAGUUAAAAGUGAAAGCUAUUAGUUUCAGAGAGGAAAGACAUGCACGUGCACACGUACCCAGAGACUUAAACUUGAAGGUCAAAGCUAUUAGCUUCAGAGAUGAAAGACAUGCACGUGCACAGGGGUUGCAAGUCUAUCCUGAUGAAAUUAUAAUUGAAACGGAUUCGUAGAGAUCACAAAGGUCUGUGCCAGGAAAACAUGGUUAUUAUGAGAAGACAAUAAUGGUGACUUUAGCUAUAUAUUUCCAGAGUCAGAGGACAGUGAUGGAAAUAAUUAAAGAGGUCACCUUCUGCAUGUAUGUAAAUAUGGCAUGCAUAGCCAAUUUUCACAAUUUGUGAACAGGCUCAUCUGUAUAUUUUGUGUUUUUUAUAUAUAUUGAUGUUAUAUGGCACUCAA